AUGACUGGAACUGCGCCGUCGCCUACUGCGUCAAGCCGACCUAAACGCUCCUAUAUUGCGUAUGCUGCCGUCGUUGUCAUGGCCUCAAAGUCAAGUGCUCAGGGGGUGUACCAUGCCAGAGAUGCCGCAGUGCCAAAAAGGCGACUAAUUGCUCCUAUCCCCUGCGCGAGCGGAGAGUCACCCAUCAGCUACUUGACCCAGCUGCAGAGGAACAACACCGAUCCCCCAUCACCUACCAUAGGUGAAAGACCGGAGCCAGCUGCAAUAGAUCUCAGCAAUCCCAUCCAUGAGCCACAGCGCCUCUUCCAGCUCGACCAUGGUGCACAACCACAGUUUGUGGGAGAGUCAACUUGCAUGGCCUUUAGCGAUCGCAUCCUGCAAUGCUUGCUUCCACGCUCCACGCCGACUCCACCCCCUGAGCGUCGUUACGUUCGCAAUCCCGCAUUUGCGCGUCAGUCUCAGAGUGUUGCUGGUUGCAAGCUGCCGGAGCGUAUUCGGACGUAUCUUCUCGUCCGCGUUGCCCUUCGCUUCAUUGGCCAGGACUACCACUUCUUCUUGCAUAGCGACUUUCUGCAGCAACUUGAAGAGGCCUAUCGAUUGGGAGAGCAGUUUCAGUGGGACUCUACAUGGGCGUGCAAGCUGUUCGUGGUUCUAGCACUCGGUGAGUUGUAUUCUUGUUCGACAACACCAGCACGUGGGGAUGUGCAGGUCGAUGCCAGCGAUUUUCCCGUGCCGGGGACGGGAUAUUUCCUGGUUGCUAUUGGUCUACUGCAGGACCUCUUCGAGGAGCCGUCCCUGGCCCAGAUUGAGAUAAUGCUCUUGCUUUGUUUCUACUCCAAUGCCCUUGGCCGCGUCAACUCCGCACACAUGUACAGUGGCAUGGCAAUGCGCCUUAGCACCAGCCUUGGUUUGCAUCGCGCUUCACCGGCCGAAACUGGGUUGUCAGCCAUUGAGCGAGAACACCGAGUCCGGCUGUGGUGGACGGUGUACGUCUUCGAUAGGUCGACAUGUUCGAAGCUUGGCCAGCCCAUAGGGAUCCACGAUGAGGACAUCGAUGUCGAGAUGCCAUCUUCAGAGCCGCCUGCGGUACUAGGGAGCCAGAUGCAGUUGAAACUCGGACGAGCCGAGCAUCUGCUCGCUCACGUGGAACUGGCCCGCAUCACCGGCCUCAUCAUGCGAGAUAUUUACGCGCCAUCUUCUAAAGCGGCCGCCGGCAAGCUGGUACAUAACGUUCGGUCUAUUCUACAAAAGCUGCGGACAUGGGACGCCAAUAUCCCCGAGAGCCUACGGUGGAACCAGGAUGCCGGGAUCCUCCGAUCGGUAGCCUCUCUCCAGCUGCAUUUCAAUCACUGCAUCAUUUUGACCACGCGGCCGAUCCUGCUGUAUGUGCUGAAAGUCAAGAAUCCGUUCGCAAUCGCAAACUCUUUGGGCCAGAGCGGGGAUGGUCUAGAAUCGGCACCAGCAUCAGCGCCGAUAUCAGAUACAACGAGGACGCUGGCCGAUGCCUGUAUUUCCGCGUCUCGAACAUCAAACUCAAUCCUCUCUCAGCUUUUCAUUGACAGUUCCUUGGCCACUUACGGAUACUUUGACGCCCACCAUCUCUUCUCCUCAACGCUCAUCCUCAUCACCUCCGCGAUUAUCUCGCCCAACCUGGCAGACUCGGACGCCGUACAGACAGCCUUCCAGAUGCUGAUGACCAUGCGAGAUAAAGGGAAUGCGACGGCUGGCCAGUAUUACGCUCGGCUCGUUCAGAUACAAUGGAAUGUCAGCCGGCUGUUUGGCCGUGUGCCAUCCACUGUGACUACGGAAAGCACAGGAGCUCCUCCAUCGAGGUCUAAUGAAGCUCUUGCCGAUCCGAACGUGUCGGAAAUCGGACCUAGCCCAGCAGAACAUGAUAACUGUGACUGGGGUAACUUCCUCAUGCCGGGGUCCUUGCCCUUCACCUUGAACCACGAGGACGGAAUGGUUAGGAAUACAACUGCUGUGGAUCCUUUGGACAGUCCAUUUCUCCAGGCUUUUUUGGAUUGCAAUGCAGAACGGGGUGAUGAUGCUGUUAUCAACGGAGAGGAGAUGGGAUUUGUUUUGUGA